AUGCACGCGCUGUCCGCCGCGGCCUCUGACGGCCACCGAGCGGUCGCUGGGGCCCCUCUCGCCCCCUUGCGGCAGGACGACAGCAUCAAUGCCAUCCCCUCGCAAGCGCAAGCGCAGCCUGCAGCUCAAGACACAGCUCGCGACGAGCAGCAGCGACGGCGCGUUCAACAGGCCGAGACGAUUCUGCUCGAGAUUGCAAAGGAGUUUGCCGCCAAGCGCGCCGCGGGCCUCGUGCCCAUGAAGCCCGUGCCGGCGCGGACGCUGCUGUGGCAGGAGCUGGAGCGACGGGCGCAGCGCGUGCGGUCGCGUGUGGGACGCCGCGGCACGUGUGUCUUUGGCCGGGACACGGACUCGGGACCGUGCGGCUGCUCGACGUACAAGACAGGGAACACGGGACUGGAUCCGGGCGGCGGCGUGUGCGCGUGCUGCAGUCACGGCGCCCCGUGGCACCGAUUGUCGGGCGGGACAAUGGCCGCGACGGACAGUGGCUCGACGACGCUGUCUCAUAGUUCACGAGCGACGGCGCGAGUGUCUUUGCGGCCACGAAAAGGCACAGGACGGAGUCGAGCGAGCAGUCGCAAUAGCUGUUAUGCUGCUGCUUCGAGGAGCGCGAGUGGCGAAGCGCUGCAGCAGACACUAGUGGAGGGGUCGGUCUACUCGCUUGGCAGCGACUACUAUGAUGAAUUCGACGGCGAGUACAGUGACGAAGAGAGUGAGGAGGAGGACGACGACGACGAUGUUGCAAACGAAGUGGCGAGACCGCAUGGCAUGAUGAUGGAGGACUUGGCGCCACCGCUUGUCCAUAGUCACGCCCGGAGCGAGGGCGAUACAUCAUUGGACCGCAGCUCCCUCUUUUCGAAUGGCGACAGCUUUGGAUUGCCGCCGAGGCUGUCCAGCACGAGUCGACACCUCGACAAGCUGCUGGGCGCGAUCGCAAAGUACCGGACAAUGGGGUUGUCGGAAGCUGAGAUCGAAGUGAAGCUCCGACGGGACUUUCCACCGACCGAGCGACUAUCACACGACGGAAAGAGGUCGUCGUCGUCGUUGUCGUCGCCGUCGUCGUCGCCGUCUCGACCGACGCGUGCGAGUCAAUAA